AGCACCCCUGCCCCCAUUCUUCCCAGAUCCCGCUUCCUGCCCUUCCCGGAGGUCUUCACAGCGGGUGGGGGGGACGGGUAAGGGCCCAGGGGAUGGUGGGUGGGUGAGCCACAGUCUCGCGUCUCUCUAUUAUAGACCCUGGGUGCUGCUGGCCAGGCCGAAAGCGACCUGUCCCGAGAUGGGCGGAGCCUCGUUCAGUGACCCAUAUAAAGCUACGGGGACACUGGCGAGAUAUGCACUCUCGCCGCCCUCGCCAACAGUUGUGAUGCUGCGUGCCUUCUCCUUCUUGUGUCUGGUGGGUCUGGCCCUCGCCGGCCACUAUGGCACCCCGCAAGUCACGUGUGAGCCCAAGCACGAGACACUCACCGUCACCAGGACCAGCCUCAUCACUAUACCUCAGCAGGUGACUCAGCUGGACCUUCAGUAUGAGCACCAGACGGUGGACAUCACCAGUGUAGUGCUGGUGCCCAAAACGGUGAUCAACACACAGACAGUUACGUUCUUCCCCAAUCCCGAUGUGAUUACGCACACCACUCUCUUCACUGCCACCCACUACCAGACUAACUUCGUCACUCAUCUGGCUACAGCCGUCGCCACCCAGACCAGCCAGGUGGUGGCCACGGCGCAGGAGGUGGAGGAGCAGGUCAUCACCCAGACAGCUGUGGUGGACCAAAUUGUCACCAACACCCUGACCAUUACCAAUCAGAAGACCACCUUCAAGACGCUCACAGUCACCAACACAGUGAACACCCACAUCACUCACACCGAGACCGAGACCUUCGCCGUGACAGAGACCAGCUACCAGACCUUCGUCCAGCACGCCACCGACACCGUCACCAGUCUUACAGAGCACACGAACCACGUCACCGUCACCACCACCGAACACGAGUUAGUCACCAAGUGUCCGGAGCCCAAGAUCACGUACAACCACUAGGGAACAUCACGUCACCUCGCCGCCGCGCCUGCACCAAUAAAGAGA